AUGGACCCGAAACUUGUCAGAGCUUUUAUGGUUUCCGCAGAAGACUCCUCGUCUAAUGAAACUUCUUCGAUUGUAUUUGCUAUUUUUCAAAGCAUUAAAGCCAGAAAGGCUUCAUUCCUUUCUUUAGUACAAGCACUUGGCGAUUACUUGACUAAUGAAGACACGUUAAUUCGUGCUAAAGGAACCGCCCUUCUUUCACUAGUUCUAUCAGAAUGCGCCAAGGAACAAAUGAAUCCUGCAGCUGCAAACGUUAAUGAAUUGGUCGAUUUCUAUUGUGACCGAUUGGCCGACCCACCGAGUGUCCCGCAGCUUUUGAGGGGUCUUGUUUCACUACAGCAGUUUCAAACUUUUUCAAAUGAGAAUGCAAUCAAAAUAUCCAAAGCGAUUUUCGAAUCAGUAAAGGUUCAAAGCUUGCAACAAACUGAUCGCCAUAUUAUAUUCCAAAUUUUUGAUGGAUUAUUGAAACAGCACUUGAAUGCUUUACAACAAAUGGGAUCAGAGUUCGUGUUUGGAUUUAUUCAAGUAAUGGACGGAGAAAAAGAUCCACGUAAUCUUUUACUAGCUUUCUCAUUGGUUAAAUAUAUAAUUGCGAAUUUCGAUAUAAACGAACAUGUUGAAGGUCUUUUCGAGGUUACUUUUUGUUACUUUCCAAUAACUUUCAAACCACCACCUGAUGACGUUUAUGGUAUCACAGCUGACGAUCUUAAAGUUGGAUUAAGGGAAUGUUUUUCUGCCACACCACAUUUUGCAAAUCAAGCAAUGCCACUAUUAUUAGAGAAACUCGCCUCUAGCUCCGGUAAUGCGAAGAAAGAUUCCAUGGAGACAUUAACAGCAUGUGCACCAAUAUAUGGCGCUAAUUCUCUAAUUCCAUAUUUGGAAGAUCUUUGGGAUGGUCUAAAGAUUGAAAUCUUUCAUUCGACCGACGAUUCCUUAGAAUCAUAUGCACUCGAUACUAUUCGUAGCAUUGCAUCAGCACUUUCAUCUCAAAUACUGGUACAAUCCGACCCACUCGAGCAAUUCUUACAACCUAUAAUCAAGGAAUGCUUGGAGAACAUAAAAGAGCCUGAAUUGAGACUGGCUAAACAUAGCGGCCGUAUUUUGAAGUAUUGCGCCACGGCUUCAGAUCCUGCAUGUAAUAUUCUCGUUAGUUCUAGCAUGCGCGUUUUAUUAGAGCAAUAUAAAAAAAGUGAAUUAAUCACUCAAAAGAAAGCAAUCUUGGAGGUCUUAAUGCAGUUUCUUGAGGCAAGUCGAACACUAUAUGGCUCGAUUGAUGAUACUAUAAUUGGAGAUCAAGUUGAUCAAGAUUUUGUUACGCCUCUCCUGACAUACAAAGAUGAAUUCUUUGAGAUUUUCAGUGGGCCGCUGGUCACAACCAACGAAUAUAAUGAGUUACGAUUGGUCAGUCUAAAGGGAUUAUAUUCAAUGAUUUUAAUAAGAAAAUUUCUGUCUGAUAACGAAAUAGGGAUUGUUUUGCAACAUUUCAAUCAAGUGAUUCUGACUGAAUAUAAUCAAGAGAUAAAAUCCGAAGUAUUAAAUGCUUUGGCAAAUGUUGCUCAUUAUAAGCCCAAUGUCGUAUUGGAAGUCUCCCUUCCUGCAUUCAUCGCUUAUCUUCCAGAUGACAUUAACGAUUUGCAAAAGGACUCUGUGAUGGUGGUGCCUAAUAAAAAGCUUGCCACCUACAAUGCAGUGUUAGAUGGUCUUACUAAAUUCGCAGUUGAACCAUCGCUGUUUGAAGUGUUUGCGGAUGCAGUCAUAAAAAAACUGAAUAAUAUACAGUCGGCGACUGGUGCUGUUUCCGAUUAUCUGCAAGCCUUACUUUCUGCUCUACAUAAUAUUUUGAUCAAAAAAUCUGAUCUCAAACAUUCGGAUAUUGCGCGAUACGUGGAUCUACUAUUAUCACGUUUGCUUGCCGCUUUAAUUGGUCCUACUCUAAAAAACAAUGAUCAAUCAAUGGACAAUGCAUUUUUAGACCUGAAAAUUUUGAAAAUAGUUGCAGGGAUAAUAUCAAUAAUAACAAGAAAUCUAGACAUUGAGGAACAAUCUAUUUUUGUUGCAAAAAUGUUUAAACUUUUUAUAGAGGGUGAUACUUCAUUUUUGGCUUUUUCAGAAGAGGAAAAACAAAUUUAUUUUGAUAGCUUCAAACCUCUUUCGGCAGUAUCAAAUUCUGUUCAGCAGGAUUUAUGUAUAUUAUUUGCAGCUGUAGUUGGGUCUAUCCAACAAGAAGUACCAAUUCCCGUUGAGAAUAUUUCAAACUUCUUGUCGGAUAUUGAAAUGGUUUCGCUAUCAACUUCCAAUGAAAGACAACGUAUUGCGUUACUUAAGCUUGCCGCUUCCAUCGUAAAUAAAUGGAAACAAGACGACCAGUUAAAAGAAUUUGUCCAUUCUAAAAUACUUGUCGAAUUACAAAAUUAUCUCAUUGCUAACGGGCAAGUAGAUCAAGGAUUAAGAAGCGUUGCAUUAUCACAUUUUUUAUGGUUUACAAAAGCUCUGUUACUGCGGGCAGAGGAAGUUGGUUAUGAAUGUACCGGAAUAAUGAUAAACCUAUUUAAUGACGUAUCACUUGGACGGCAAGCAUCAGAAGGGUUCGAUAUACUCGUAGGAGAAGACGAUGUCUUGAAUAAGAAAAAUUUUGCAGUAAUUAAGCUUUUUCCUCUCUUAAUACAUUCGCUUUCUCUACCAGAGCCACAACUCAAAAUAUCAACAAUCGAUACAUUUUACAUGAUAGCACAUGAUGCACCACAUAUAAUAUCAGAACAUGUGACAACCUUGGUGCCUUUGCUUCUUUCUUUAUCUCAAACGAAUGAUGACAAUACUAUGCACGUCCGAAUAUCAGCUUUACGAUGUCUUGGAGUUUUACCCGACACUGUCCGAUUCGAUAUACUUUACCCAUACAAGAAUCAAGUAGUUCGGGAAUUAGUCAAAGUGUUGGAUGAUAAAAAACGAUUGGUCCGAAAAGAAGCGGUGGACUGCAGAAAUAAAUGGUAG